AGGGGUACAGAAAGGGGAAACUGCAGCUGAUUUGCUGAUGUCAGGCAGCCAGUGCAGCAUUUCAUGGUGCAGGGUGGAAACGCGCGGUGCUAUCUGCUUUCAAUCCGUGCUCUCAGUGAAUACCCGCUCCUCCCUCCCCCCCAAAAAAAAUUUUUUUUUUCUUUUCUUUAAAACAAAAAGGAGAAAACCUCACACAUGCGAGCCCGACAGGAAAGAUGCCGCCAGCUCUUAGGAUUUGGGCUCUGCUGUGUGUGUCGCUGUGCAGCCUGUGUCAGCCCGCUGAUCUGAAAAAGGCUUUCCGAUGUCCUUCAACAUGCAGCUGCACCAAGGAGUCCAUCAUAUGCGUCGGGUCCUCCAACAUCCUGAGGAGUGCCCCCAACGAAAUCACUUCACUGAGUAUCGUCAAUGGGACUUUCUCUGAUGUCAGAGAGGCAAUGUUUGCCCACAUGCCCACCCUCCAGCUACUACUUUUGAAUUCUAACUCCCUGACAACUAUAAGAGAUGAUGCUUUCUCAGGCCUUCCACAUCUGGAGUACCUGUUCAUUGAGAGCAACAAACUGGAGACGACAUCUAAAUAUGCCUUCAGAGGACUCCGGGACUUGACUCACUUGUCUUUGGCAAACAACAACAUAAAAUUCCUACCCAGGGACGUUUUCAUUGACCUGGACUCGCUGAUAGAGCUGGACUUGCGAGGCAACGCCUUUGAGUGCGACUGCAGAGCCAAAUGGCUCAUGAUGUGGCUGAAGAGCACCAACGCCACGGUGUCGGAUGUCGUGUGUGCCGGACCGGAGGACAUGAAGGGCAGGCGCCUCAAUGACAUGAGCAGCCUGCACGAUGAGUGCACCUCGACGGAUUUUGUCCUUCAUCAGUCUGUGGCGUCUGAGUCACUGUCUGUUGACACAUUCAGCUUCAAGAAUGAUGUCUAUGUGACUAUUGCUGCUCCCAGCACAGACAGCUGUAUGGUUCUACAAUGGGACCACAUUGAAAUGAACUUCAGGACGUAUGACAAUAUCACAGGUCAGUCCAUUGUUGGUUGCAAGUCAGUUAUCAUCCAGGAUGAGGUUUACGUCAUUGUGGCUCAGCUGUUUGGUGGUUCCCAUAUUUACAAGUUUGAUGAUGACCAAAGCAGGUUUAACAAGUUCCAGGACACUGAAGUGUCCAAGAUCUCCAAACCCAAUGACAUCGAGGCAUUUCAGAUUGGAUCAGACUGGUUCUUUGUUAUUGCUGACAGCUCCAAGGCUGGCUUGUCAACCCUCUACAAGUGGAAUGAUAACGGUUUUUACUCAUACCAAUCCUUGCAUGAGUGGUUCCGUGACACAGAUGCAGAGUUCCUGAACUUAGACGGGAAGGCUCAUCUAAUCCUGGCAAGUCGCUCGCAGGUUCCAGUGAUCUACCAGUGGAGCCGGAACAACCAGAAAUUCAUCCUGCAAGGUGAUAUCCCCAGCAUGGAGGAUGUAGUAGCGGUGAAACACUUCCGGAUUAAGGAGGAGCUCUACCUUGCCAUGACUCGCUACAUUGGUGACUCCAAGGUCCUAAAAUGGGGACCCAAACAGUUUUCAGAGAUCCAGGCAGUACCGUCCCGAGGCUCCAUGAUCCUGCAGCCGUUUUCGUUCAAGGAUCGUUACUACUUGGCUUUGGGAAGUGACUACACCUUCUCACAAAUCUACCUGUGGGAUGACGACAAGAAAGUCUUUGACCGUUUCAAGGAGGUGUACAUCCAGGCACCGCGCUCAUUUACUGUGGUCUCCACUGACCGCAGGGACUUUAUAUUUUCCUCUAGCUUCAAGGGGAACACGCUGAUCUAUGAACACAUCAUUAUUGACCUGACCUUGUGAGGGGCAUGCCUUAUUGUCCCUCAUAGAACCAAUUGUCUUCCAUUCAAAGGAUAAGUGACUGAAAAAAGGAACAAGACUUUAAAAAUUGGUAAAUUCCAUUACAUUUAUUGUCAUAACUCAUAUUAGAGCUUGGUGAAGCAUUGGAUUGACUUGUUCCUAACAGAUGUCCAUCUUGAUAGAUCCAUGAGCUAUAAUAACUCCAAGAAUCUUUACUUUUUCUCUGAUUGUUGCCAACUGAGGACACAGUAGACAUGUUUGCCUCCUUCAUGACUUUAAGGCCUGUGAUGUACGUUAUGCUGUCCUUUCAGAGUAGAAGUGCAAUGCUCUGAUGGACUUAUAGUGCCUCCUCCUGGCCAUGAUGAAGUAUCACACCCUGUUUUUCCUUACAGGGAAUCUCUUGAAAGCACAAACCUUUAACAAUUAUGGCUGAGAUCUUAGAAUGUAGCUGAUUAGUGGAAACAUUACUGUAGGUGCUAUUUGCUGUAAUAUACACAGCAAGUUAAUUAAAUGUUAAUAAAUGGUUGUUUCAAGAAGUUCAGGAUAUAGAUGAUUCCACCUCAGAUAAAGUUACUUGGAUGGAGAGUUCUCAUUUUGUUCCAACUUUAGAUCAGAGGAUGUAUGUGUGUUCAUCAGGUAAAUUUGACAUAUUUUCAAGUCUAAAAAAGGUUUGUUGGUUUGUGACAUAAGAGUUUUUUAAGCAUCUGAAAGAAAAAAAGAAAUGUAAAUAUAUCCAGUGAAACUGAGAGCUUCUCUCUUUUCUGUUCUUUAAAAAAAACCUGAAUGUUGACCUCUUACCAAGUGUACAUAUAAUUAGGACUGCAAUGCCACUACCUGUUCUCAAAAGUCUUGCACUUACUAACAAAAAUCUGUUGUUACUGCAGCCUGCAACAGCAUGACGUUUAGAAAAGGAAUAACUUAUUUUUAGAGAAACAUGACAAAGCCUUUAAGUGCUUUAAAAUGGGAUGAAUUGCGUUGCAAGUAAAAAAUGAAAUAUGCAAGCUUUAUAAUUCUUUCGUAAGAUCCUGUUUGAAGCUUAUUGAAUGUUUCUCUUAAAAACUGGUGUACAUUCAUUGAAUUGAGUAUUGAAAUAAAUGUGAAAAGAUA